CUUCGAGGGCAGUCGCUAAUCGUCUGUGGAUGUGUUAUCGGGAAUGGUCCACGAAACAUCGCACUCGCACCGUUCAAUUGGCACAUCAGGCUGACAUCUGGUUCGUUUUGAGAAGCUACCUGGUCGAAGCAUCGAUCUGAUCUUACUGUGCACCUAAUCCGCACGUAUGACCCGGGCCAGGUCGAGAGCGUAGAGGGGCGCAUAAAUAUCAAAAUUCGGGCUGGACGCUUCCAAUCUCCAGAAGGUGCCAUCAGACGGAACCCGGCGAUGAUAGCGUCGCAGGGUCACAGCGCGGCGGUAGCACGCCUUGCCGUCACGGCAGGCGCUUUGCUCUUCUCCCUGGCUGCGUUCAAAGCAAGCGCCGCCAUUGUCUCGCACUACGUGCUGGGAACCGAGAUGUGCAAUGCCAAUGUGGACACCAAAGUCGUUUUGGAUCCACGAUCUGCUGGAAAACCAGUCAGCUCGUCUAUAGUUCAAGUUACAUACACAACAACUCCUUCAAUGUGCUUUUCAGUUCCUUCAUCGACUGAUCCGCGUCCUGCUGUCUUGUCUGGUCCGCUGCUCAAGAUGAUCGACAUUGUCGCCUCUGUUGCAGCUCGCCGUCAUGCCGGUGUUUCUUGCGUCACCAUCAGCGUCGAUGCUGUCUUGUUUUUGAAGCCAAUUUAUCUUGGCGAGCUGAUACAUCUUAGCGCUGCUGUUAAUAGAGCCUGGGGAAGUAGCAUGGAGGUCGGGGUGAAGCUCACGAAGGAAGAACCGGAGAGGAAUGGCAAAAUGACCUAUGUCAGCCAUUCAUACUUGACUUUUGUCGCUGUGCAGACAUCUGGCUACUCACACGGAUCGCCAUCAUCGACAGUCGUACCGAAGAAGCAUCCCCUCAAGUUCCGCCUACCACCCGUGCUCCCAGAAACUGCAUUGGAGCUUCGACGGUACCGCCUUGCUGGCCGACGCCGAGCCCGGCGAAUGGAAAGCGCAAAGCAUAGUAAAGGAGUGGGAGAGGAACCAGUGGGAAAGAACGGCAUUAGGCGACGGGUCAUGGAUAAAGUACGCGCCGAGGUGAUUGAUAUGUCGAGCAAAAUCGUUAAGAAUGAGAGAAGCUCAUCACGGACAGCAGAGCGUCAGCGAAUUGCUCUGGAUGAGCUGGAGCUCGAGUAUAUCGCCAGGGCAUAUGCUGCCCAAGAGGAGGGAGUUACGAUAAACCCUUCCGCAGGUCAAAUAAUUGUGGAGAUCGCGGACGACGAGGCAUUCAGCCGGUCGAUCGAAGAUGUCAUGCGCGCAGGGAUUCGCAUUGGAGUAGAUCCGGCAUGUUUUGAGCGCUCAGGAGUCGAUGCUAACAGUCACAAGCGUGCAGAGUCGCUCGGCUCUGACGGAGGCUCGAGACGCCGGCGGUCGGCCACCGUCUCCCUCAUGUCCGAGGCUAUUCUUUCUCCGUCAUCCGGGACAGAUGCAACGAUUCCAGAGGAAGCUGAGCGCAGCACCAGCGCCGAGUUGGGCUCCGCCCAGCCUCUCGAGCCAUCGAUAUCAGCGGCUCAGACGUUGACGCGGUCGCUGCACCUCGUCUUUCCGGAGCACUGCAACUCUAAUGGCGUCCUCUUCGGCGGGCAGCUGAUGGGUUGGAUGGAAGAAGUCGCGCUCAUGGCCUGCAGAAGCCUUGGUCAUGGUCAGCGUUUCAGCACGGUCGCUUUAGAUGGCCUCGAGUUCAAGAAAGAGGUGCAAGUGGGGGAAAUCAUUUUCUUUACGGCGGUGGCCGUACGCGCGUUUGCGAACUCUGUCGAAGUGUACGUCGUUGCGGAGGCGGAGACAAGAGAAGGCAAGAAGCGGAUUGCGAAUGAAGCUCUCUUCACUGCGGCAUGUGCACCUACAUCGGUGGCGCAUGUCGGCAAGCAAAGCGACCAGCCACUGCUAAAGGUUGUUAUGCCGCCCGGCAGUGCAUUGGAAUCGUUACAACAAGCUGCGGAUGGCCGCCGGUAUGAGAGGCUAGCAAUGAAGAAUAUGUUGACCCGCUUGUACGCUUUUGAUGGCGAGAGCACUUGA